AUGAUACUUCUACAGUUUUUACAUUUCGCUGCAGCGUUUCAAACUGAUGACAACUUUGCAUUCACAGAUAAUGUCGCCGGUUUUUUGAAAACAGUUGAUGAAUUUCCAGAUCCAGUUCUGGCGAGUGAAAUUGAAGGAAUCGUUCCUGACUGGAUCCAGGGCUCGUUCUACCGCGUCGGCCCUGGACAGUACGAAUACGGGACGGACAAAUACAAUCACGUGUUCGACCCAAGUGCGAUUAUCAAAAGAAUUCACGUUGAAAACGGCAAAGUUUCUUUCCAGCGACGAUUCAUCAACAGCACUCAUCGAGCUGCGAAUUUCGAAGAGAACAGGAUCGUUUUUGCGGAAAUGGGAACUUGGUCCGAUCCCCCUGGAGCAGAAGAUCUUUCGGGUGAAGGGCUUGAGCUUGAGCGAUGCAAGUGGCUUGGAGAAUCAAGCCCGACAGACAAUACAAUAGUCAGCGUGAUACCCUUAAUGGGCUGGCUCGUUGCUUUCACCGAGUCGAAUUUGGUGAAUUUGAUUGACCCGUUUACCCUUGAAACGAAGCACAAUCUGGACUUGGGCGAGUCGCCAAAUAUGCCCGCUGGACUGACCUUUGCAACUGUACUUGCGCAUGGUGUUUUUGAUGAAGAGGGUAACUACUGGACGAUGUCAGUUGCCCUCGACUUGCCUGAAUCUGCUUUCAUUCCUAAAACCGCCUAUGUCGUCAUCAAAUUCAAAAAUGCGAAAAACUAUCCUCUUGGCUCAAUGGCGAAUCCUUCCGAAAUUCUUGAGUCGAUGGAGUUCGCUGACUAUUUGUAUAACGAGAACCCUCGCGACACGAGCAUUCGCUAUUUUCACAUGUUUGCUGCUUCUGAUGAUUUCUUCGUUUUGCCGAUGAACAGCAUGGAGCUGGAUCCUUUCGCGACACUUGAAUCUUGCCGCGUAGGAGAACCGCCGAUGAAUAUGAUGCAAUACGAUGACUCGCUGAAGGGAUUUUUUAAAAUUUUCAGCAAAGAAAGAAUGAGCUGGUUCCCGAUCAAAUUCGAAGCGGAUUGGGAUUUUAUGCAGUUGCAUAUGAUCCAAGCAGUAUUUGAUGAAGACAAGAAUCGGAUCACUUUGGACACGCUACAGACUGGAAACGCGGACAUUUUGAAAGAGUUUACGGUGUCCAACAUCAACGUCACGGGAGAAGACAUCAUCAACUCCUACUCGAAACUCGUCCCUUAUGGAGAGCCAGUCCGGUACAUCUUCGACCUCUCAGAAAAAGAACAGUCUGUGGUCAAAAAAGUUGCGUCGGAAAAACUUUUCGAAGAGGAUUUAGAAAAUUUCCCGAUUUAUGAACAAAAAAAUUUCUUCUUUUCUUUUUUGAAAUCAACGAAGAUCAACGUCAAUUUCCUCGGAAAACCGUACGAUCACUUUUGGUCCGCUGGAUUUGGAAACAUCUUGGACGACCGACUUUAUCACUCGAAACUGUCUACCAGACAACGGUGGGUCUGGCGCGAAGAAGGAUACAGUCCAUCGGAACCGUUUUUCAUCCCUCGACCUGGAGGAGAAGGAGAAACUGACGGCGUCGUGAUUUCUUUAGCUGGAUCUCUUUUGGGAAAUCGCCCGGAUAUGAGAACUUUUAUUGUCUUUUUGGACCCAGAAAAUCUCACGGAAAUCGCGAGAGCCUAUUUUCCCGAAGAAGUCAGCAUAAGCGCAACCGCCCACGGAAUCUUCAUCCCUCAUUUUUGA